AGAAACGCCACGUCGCUCCAUUCUAUCCAGCCACUCAACCUCAAGCAAUGAGCCUGGAGGUCCUGUCAGCCAGUCUGAUGAUACUCAGCACUCCUUACCCUCACGAUCCCUAUAUCGAUCUCCCCUUGAUUGCGACUGGCAUGACUGGGGAUGUUUAUGAGUUGGGGAGUGAUCAUGUGGUCAAGAAAGCCAAGCAAUCUCGGCUUUCGAAAUGCUGAAGCUGCGGAAUACACGAACGAGAUCAAUCAAACGAGUCUACAGAAUGAGACCGAAGUCUUGAAACGCCUGAGAGACUGUAAAGGGAUUAUCACUUGCUAUCGGACAUCGCAGUAUGUGAUUGAAUUAGCACGUGCACAAUGAAGACCUUGAAUUCUAUAUUGCAAAUUAUCCAGAACGUGACAAUACUGUAAAGACCGAGCGGAUGUUAAGCCUGAUUAAGAGUUUUACGCAUAUUCACUAGCGCAAGGUAUUCGUGGACGAUAUCGCUCUGCGAAAUAUCUUAAUCACGAAUAGCCCGGAUCCGCCCAAGGUAGCAGAUUUUGGCCAGUCUGUCAUCUUACCACUCGAUAGUGACAUGGCUUCAGCAAAUACGAAUGACUUGAAUGUUAAGAUUGAAAUAAUACACCUUGGCUGGGUCCCUGGCAGGUUCACAAGUACUAUUUCUUUGAUGCGGAGAGUGCGGAUCUUUGUUGGCCUGUUUCAUUUCUAGAUGUUGAUGAUGUACUCUGUGGCAAGGGUAUUCAGAAGUGCUGGCGUGGGGUGAGUAUGCGAGCAUGGAUCAUGUAGAACUGGAGGCAGUCCAGUUGCUU